AAUUCCUACUUAAAGAGCAGCACAGUGACUCCAGCAGCAGCUCUGAGUGAACAGACACGAAUGGCACAUGCUCAGUGCUCUUUGCUGGUCCAGAGAAUGAAGUAGCUAUAGACUGAGUAUCAGCAUCAAAAUCAGAAGUCAUCAUGGGGUCCAGCCCAUCAUCUCAUGCCCCUAAAACUCUUUAUCUGGAAGCAGAUGGAAAGGUUCAAAAGGUCAUUUUCAGUCGACACUGUAGCCCAUGUGACAUCAGAGAACUUCUUUGUUCAUCAUCCAGUAUUGCCAGAAACACUGCCAUACUUUUGGUUGACAUGGAAGGAGCAUUGAUAUCUAUCGACCCUACCAUGCCUACAAACACUCCAAACAACUUGUAUAAGGUUGUGCCCCAUUGCACAAGCCAAGGAGGAGAGAAGGAAGACAUGUUUCAUAACGUUCUGUCACAAGUGGCUGAGCAAUUCAGCAGGGCCUUCGGGAUUAAUGGGCUGAAGAUGGAGGUGACCACGAGAAUGGCCAUGCUGGAGAGGAGAGUGGAAUUAGAGGGGCUGAAAGUUGUGGAGAUUGAGAAGUGUAAGAAUGAUCUGAAGAAACUAAGUGAUGAAAUUACUUCUAGAGCAAGAGUGAGAGUGAACUGCAACUGCAAAUACAACUUUACUGAUGAUGAAAAAAAUCAGUCUCCCAGACGAGAUGUUCCAAGCUACCCAAAAUACACACUUUCUCAGCAAACUAUAGAGGCUCUGAAAAAGCCCACCUUUGAUGUUUGGCAUUGGGAACACAAUGAGAUGCUUAGCUGUUUGGAGUACAUGUAUCAUGACCUUGGACUGGUUAAGGAGUUCAACAUUAACCCCAUAACUCUCAAAAGAUGGCUGCUGGGAAUUCAAGAAAAUUAUCGCAACAACCCUUUCCACAACUUCCGCCAUUGCUUUUGUGUAAGCCAGAUGAUGUACGGAAUGGUCCAUUUGUGUAACCUUCAGGAGAGGCUGACUGUGACAGACAUGUGUGUUCUGAUGACCGCAGCAGUGUGUCAUGACCUCGAUCACCCGGGAUACAACAACACGUACCAGAUUAAUGCUCGCACUGACCUGGCAGUGCGCUAUAAUGACAUCUCUCCACUGGAGAACCAUCAUUGUGCUGUGGCCUUCCAGAUCCUCUCAAUGCCCGAGUGCAACAUAUUCACCAACAUAGAGCCUGACACCUUCAAACAGAUACGACAGGCAAUUAUUACUCUUAUUUUGGCGACGGAUAUGACCAGACAUGGAGAGAUACUGGACUCCUUCAAACAGAGAGUGGACAACUUUGACUUUACCAAUGAGGAGCAUGUCAAAUGUCUGAAGAUGGUCUUGAUCAAGUGUUGUGACAUCUCCAAUGAGGUCAGACCUACUGAUGUGGCAGAGCCAUGGGUGGACUGUCUACUGGAGGAGUACUUUAUGCAGAGUGAUCAAGAAAAGUCAGAAGGUCUUCCUGUGGCUCCGUUUAUGGAUCGUGACAAAGUCACCAAACCAACGGCGCAGAUUGGUUUCAUUAAGUUCAUCCUCAUCCCCAUGUUUGAGACUGUCAUGAAGCUCUUUCCUCAGAUCGAGGAGAUCAUGGUUCAGCCUUUGAGGGACUCUCGUGAUCAUUAUGAAGAGCUAAAGCAGAUGGAUGAUGCCUUGUCAGAGGUACACAAGAAGAAAACAGAGAGCCUGUCUUUAGGUGGAAAGAAGAAUUAGACAACAUGUUCCGUUUAUGGUAUCCCAGGCUGAUUCAGCCCCCAGUCUCCUGAAACUGAGGACCAGAACUGUUUGCGCUCUCCAAGCACCCUAUUUUGAAGGAGAGUUUUGGACCCCUUCGGUGUACGUGACGAUCGUCCAGAAGAGGAGAACACCAGUAGUAAGGAGAGGAGUCAAGAUAACAGACUGUUUCUUUUGCUGGUCUAAUUGUUCGUCACAGAUAUGUUUGCGGCAUUGAAAUGGAGUGCUUGGCCAUCAUAUUUUAUUUUAUUAAUUUAUUUUUUGGUCAAAGGCUUUGGUCAGUGGCAUUAUUUUUUUAUUGUUUUUAACUUAGUAUUGAGUGAGAUUUGCAGGAAUUGAUUUUAUUGUAUUAAAUGUGGGUUAGCACUGUCGCCUCACAGCAAGAAGGUCCUGGGUUCGAGUCCUGGCUCAACUAGGGCCUUUCUGAGAUUGCAUGUUCUCCCUGUGUUUGUGUGGGAUUCCCCCAGGUGCUUUCCACAAGUCCAAAAAUAUGCAGGUUAAGUGAAUUGGUGAUUCUAAAAUUGUCCCGUGUGUGAGUGAGUGUCCCCCAGCCACUGAGGGUUGUGUGAGGAAGGGCAUCCAGUGUAGAACUUGUGCCAAAUCAAAUAUAUAUAUACACACACACACACACACACACACACA